CGCGCGUCUCUGCUCGUGCACUGCUGGGCCUCGGAGCCGGCCUGUGCCUCCCUCGCCUCCGGCGGGCCUCGGAGAGAGGGUUGAAAGAUGUCUAUGGAUGUGACCUUUCUUGGGACAGGAGCAGCAUAUCCAUCCCCAACCCGGGGUGCCUCCGCUGUGGUUCUUCGGUGUGAGGGCGAGUGCUGGCUCUUUGACUGUGGGGAGGGAACACAGACUCAGCUUAUGAAAAGCCAACUUAAAGCAGGGAGAAUUACCAAGAUCUUCAUCACACAUCUUCAUGGGGACCACUUCUUUGGCCUCCCGGGCCUCCUCUGCACCAUCAGCCUGCAGAGCGGCUCUGUGGUCGCACGGCAGCCUAUUGAGAUCUACGGCCCUGUAGGGCUUCGGGACUUCAUCUGGAGAACCAUGGAGCUCUCCCACACAGAGCUGGUUUUUCCUUAUGUGGUCCAUGAGAUAGUGCCUACAGCUGACCAGUGUCCUGUGGAGGAACUAAAAGGGUUUUCACAUGUGAACGAAACGGACGGCCCUCCCAAAGGACAGGGACGAACUAUCUUGUUAAACACAGAAGAAAACUCCUACUGUCUGGUUGAUGAUGAGCAGUUUGUUGUAAAAGCAUUUCGCCUCUUUCACAGAAUUCCAUCCUUUGGUUUUUCAGUUGUGGAAAAGAAACGUGCAGGCAAACUCAACGCACAGAAGCUGAAGGACCUCGGUGUGCCCCCAGGUCCUGCCUAUGGGAAGCUGAAAAAUGGAAUUUCAGUUGUUUUGGAUAAUGGAGUUACAAUUUCUCCCCAAGAUGUCUUAAAAAAGCCUAUGGUUGGAAGAAAAAUCUGCAUAUUGGGUGACUGUUGCGGGGUUGUGGGUGAUGGAGGAGUGAAGCUGUGCUUUGAAGCAGACCUUUUGAUCCACGAGGCAACUCUGGAUGAUUCUCAGAUGGACAAAGCAAAAGAGCAUGGCCACAGCACACCCCAGAUGGCAGCGACAUUCGCGAAGCUGUGCCGGGCAAAGAGGCUGGUCCUGACUCACUUCAGCCAGCGGUACAAACCGAUUGCUUUGGCUAGAGAAGGAGAGACAGAUGGCAUUGCAGAGCUGAAAAGGCAAGCUGAGUCAGUGUUAGAUCUCCAAGAAGUGACGCUGGCGGAAGACUUUAUGGUGAUUGGCAUUCCCAUCAAGAAAUGAGAGCGGUGCUCCAGAAGGCAGACAUGGAUGUGCUGUGGCUGGUUCCCAGACCUGCACUGCAGGCUUUUAUUGUUGGUCGUGAGUGAUUUUUUUCUUUAUGUUUUGGAUUUUUUUCCUUAAAAUUAUUUUGUCCUUAGUAAUCCUUAAGAUGGAGCUGGAUUGCUGAGCUGACUCAAUAGUGAGAGGGAACAAUAAAUCAUUUUUAAAUGAUGAAAAAUACCCAGCAUCCUUCUUAAAGUGCAGAUGGGAUAAAAUCAUCGAUUUUUCAGGGGUAUUGCUCUUGUGUCUCUCGCCACAGGUAGAAGCCAGUACUCCACACAGUGUUGGAGUUAGCUCUGCCCAACUUAACUGCCAUUAUUGGCAAAGUGUCUAGGACUGGGUCCUCUUGGAUACAAAAUGAUAUUUUGUCAGUUUGUAUAGAAUUUGUCCUAAGAUGGAAAUAAAUGUAGAGGCCAUCUUGAUGGUAGCAUGUGGGAGUUCACUGGAACAGGCAGUGCAGCUGGGACUAGCGUUUAGCUUAACAUUUUAUUCAACAUCCCGGUUUCUUUCAACACAUGGUCCUGGGUUGUCACAGUGACUGAGGAAGAUGGUGGCUCCACAGCAGCUCAGUCAGUGGGGGUCAGGAAUGCCAUGUGUUAUGCACAGUUCUGCAUAACAAUUACCUUGAUAUUCUAGGCCUGUUCAGAGACACAAAACUUUACUCCCAAUGUGAAUAUACUUUGCCAAAAUUGGUGAUGUAAUGGAUUGAUUUAAUAGACAAGCUAAAUCUUCCAAUAGAUGGUAAAGGAUGAGUAUGGUCGAAUGAAAAUGCCACAUCAAGUAUUAUUUGGAAAAAAUGAGUCAUCGAGUGAAGCUUGUAACUGUGGGGAGAAGUAUCCACGAAUCCCCCACCUGGGGAGAGGAUCUCCUUCCGGGCCAGCGGCCCUGGAGCUGGGCUGUGAGCUGAAUGUGCAGGUGGAUCCAUGGACGAAGCCAGGAGUCAGAGUGGACCCUCCGCUGCAUCAUGGAGCUGCCUAGGUGACUCUGGAAGACACGAGUGCUGGACUAGCCUCGGAGAAAAAGGCUGUCUUUUUUCUACGUGCUUAAAUUGAUGGUAUAUAUAUAGAGAGAUAUUUUAUAGAUUCUUAUACAUAUGUUUGCGUAUGUGCAUAGUUUAUUCAUGCAUAUUUUUAUGUGAAGGCUGGUCUCCCUCCACUAUUUUCUUAAAUAAAGAUAUUUUAUUGGACAAACAAAAACUAGGAGUUUAUUAUCAAAAAAUCCUCUGUAAGAAACUCUGAGGCAUUAUUUUUGGCAGAAUAAAAAUAAUGAAAGCCAUAAAGGGGCAAGUAGCUGAGUGAUGUAGAGAAACACUGACUGUAGGGCUUCAAA